AUGUCGUCGGGAGAAGCCACCAUCCGCCUGGCGACGCCUGAAGGCAAGUUCUCCCUUCUUCCCGCAUUCUCACCCAGAUUCAUCCGCGAGCUCGCCGACUACGAAAAAGCCCUCCAUGAAGUCGAAGCAACCGAAGAAUCUCUCCUCGCGACCCUGUCCUUCCCCGACAGCACUCCCAAGCGAGGCUCCGUGUACACAGCCCUGGUCGUCCCUCCGGCCACAUUGGAGAACGCGUCGCCGAAACCUGUCGGCAUGGCGCUGUACUUCUACAACUACUCCACCUGGCGCUCGGCUCCGGGCAUCUACCUCGAGGAUCUCUACGUGCAGCCCAGCGCCCGCGGCAACGGAUACGGAUUCAAGCUGCUCAAGUGGCUCGCCGCGAAGGUUUUGGAGGUCAAUGGACGCCGGCUGGAGUGGAGUGUUCUCAAGUGGAACGAGCCCAGCAUCAAGUUCUACAAGCAGGUUGGGGCGCAGGCCAUGGAGGAGUGGAUGAAGAUGAUGGUGGAUGGAGAUGCGCUGACCAAGCUGGCGGAAGGAGUAUAA